UCAGUAGAAAAGUUCAGAGCUCGGUGGUUUGAUCUUAUCUGUGUGGAUCUUUCUUCCUGCAAAUAUCUGUAUGGGGAAGAAGCUGCUUGAUGCCUUGUUAGGAAGGACGUCCACCUUCAAAUCCACCAAACUUAAACCCUUACUCAAUCUCGCUCUCUCUCGUUUAUCUGUCCUUAAGAACCAGCGCCUUUCUCGCCGCUCCAAUGCUCAUUCAGACGUCGUUCAACUCCUCUCUUUCCCCGGUCACCAUCACCGAGCUCUUCUCCGUGUUGAGCAAGUUAUCAAAGAAGAUAACAUGAUCGAUGCUUUUGUUAUGCUUGAAGGAUACUGUUUCAUGAUUCUCGAGAGGAUCAACCUUCUUCAACAACAGAGGGAAUGUCCAGAAGAGCUUAAUGAAGCGGUGUCGUGCUUGCUAUUUGCUGCUUCUAGGUGUGGGGAAUUUCCUGAGCUUCAAGAGAUUAGAUCAAUCUUCACUCAUGGAUAUGGAAAGGAAUUCGCUGCUCGCGCUAUUGAAUUGCGAAAUAAUUGCUCUGUUAACAGACAGAUGAUACUGAAGUUAUCGCCUAGACAGCCAAGUUUGGAGAAUAGAUUGAAGGUGCUUGAGGAAAUUGCAGCAGAGAAUAAUGUUGUUUUGCAGAUUGAGGAUAUAACUGAUGAGAAGAAACAGGUGGUGAUUGUUGAACAGAAACCGGUCAUGAACAAUUUUGAAGAAUCUGAUUCGAUUAAAAUGGGGAAGAGGAGGCAAUACAAGGAUGUGGUUGAUGCAGCACAGGCUGCUUUUGAAUCUGCUGCUUACGCUGCGGAGGCUGCACGAGCAGCUGUGGAGCUCUCCAAGUCUGGGACACAUGACUACCACCAUGAUGAUGAUGAUGAUGAUGAUAAUCCAGGAAUGGAUCAAACAACCAGGAACAUGCCGGUAAACAAGGAUGGGAAUGAAAUUGAGAACAAAUACGAGAUAACUGAAGUGGAAGAAGAAAUAAAGGAGGAGAGCAUAAUUGAGACGAGGAAGGGACAGGAAGCUUUGGGCCAUGAAAGGACAAAUGGGAUUGAGAAUGAGAUCCGUUUUGAUGAGAGCGAAGAAGAAGGAGAAGAUGAGACCAAUAAUGAACAGAUUAAGGCCGAGGUUUCAGAGGUUACAACUACAAGGGAUGAAGAAGAGGAUUUUGUUGCAAUGAGGGGAUCAUUAAAAGAACAAGAUGAGAAGAGAUAUCCAGUAGAAGUAGUAGUUGUGGAUAAUUCCAAAGAAUCUUCUUCGGUGGUUGAUUCAAGCAAGAACAAGAAGGAGAUGGAAACAAAACCUGCAUCUGUGAGGACCAGAAGAAGGCGGCUGUGGCUAUGAAUGUGAAUGCUAGCUAAGAAGAAGAUGAAUCAAUGAAUCCCCAGUUUUGUUCUUUCCUAAUAGUAUGUGGUUUAUGUUUGAAUAAAUAAUCCACUAUCCUUUCCACUUAUUUA